AUGAAAGUGUUGUACACCAUUAGGAAGGAGAACACUAAGAAAGUUAUGUCCAAAACUUUGCAAUUUUCCCAAUCUUAUUUAUGUUCUUUCUUUUAUCAAGAUCUCCAUCACAUUGAUUUCGUAUGUGGUUGGAGUGCAGGAUGUAUUGAAACCUGUACAUUGUUUCCAUCCAACAAAGUUAUAUUUCGGCAGCAACUGCAUGGUUUUUCCGCGAAAGUGGCGUGGUCUCAGGUCAAAUCGGAGGGAAUUCGAAGGCUUUAUCGUGGUUUGCUCCCUCCUCUCAUUAUGCGUACAUCUUCACGUGCCCUCAUGUUCGGCCUAUACGAUAAAUUUCAAUCUUCGCUCACUUGCCCCCACUCUCCUCCAAAUACCUCUUUCACACUCUGCCACGCGCAAGCUGCUUUUCUGUCUGGAAUCUGCGAAGCCUCUCUUUGUCCUCUCGAACGUGUUCAGGUGUUACUCCAAACCUCUGCCUACCAUGAUCACUUUAAGAAUACCGGUCAAACUUUACGCGCUCUUAGAGCCUACGGUUACCGUGAAUACUAUCGUGGCAUUUCUGUCGUACUAGUAAGGAACAGUUUGUCGAAUGCUUUCUUCUUCACUCUGAAAGAACCCUUCAAGAAAGCGGAAUCAUCCAGAUGUGAUGUUUAA